CUUUAACUAUUUGCAGAAAGCAAGUGAUACUGUCAGCCUAACAGAGAAGACUUUGGGGGUCAAGAAGUAAAGGCUUAUUCAUUUUUAAUACAGUUAGCAGCCAUUAUUUAACCCGUAUCAACAAUACAACUCCGCUUUACAUAGCAAGCAUAUGUAAACUCACGGGUUAUAACGUUAUUUGUAGACAAUGGGACCUGUCAAACUUAGCACAACAACCAUCUGCAGUUCGCAAUGGGUGUCAGGAAAGGAUGCAGAUUCACUUUGGUGAUGGUUGUUUUACAAAAGCAGUCCUUUCUCUACCGCUGAUCCUGGCAGCCCUGGAUGGCGUUCCCUGUCCAGUUCUUUUGCCGGGGGCUUCGCACUGUUGGAUUAGUUCUCCUUUAUUAUGUCUUCUCUAUAGGCAUCACCUUUUAUAACAAAUGGCUGAUGAAGGGCUUCCACUAUCCCCUCUUCAUGACAUUAGUUCACCUCACCAUCAUCUUCUGCCUGUCGACUCUGACGCGACGGGCCAUGCAGUGGUGGACAGGGAAGCCCCGCAUUGUUCUGAGCUGGACAGAUUACAUUUAUAAAGUGGCUCCCACAGCUUUAGCCACAGCACUGGAUAUUGGACUUUCCAAUUGGAGCUUCCUCUUCAUCACCAUUAGCUUGUAUACCAUGACUAAGUCUUCAGCAGUGCUCUUUAUCCUGUUUUUCUCCCUGGCCUUUAAACUAGAGGAGCCGAACCCAUUCCUGAUCCUGGUGGUCCUGCUGAUCUCCAGUGGUCUGUUUAUGUUUACAUAUGAGUCGACCCAGUUCAACCUGGAGGGCUUCAUCAUGGUGCUGCUGGCAUCCUUCAUAGGCGGAAUCCGCUGGACCCUCACUCAGGUCCUCAUGCAGAAAGCAGAGCUGGGCCUUCAGAACCCAAUUGAUGCUAUGUACCACCUACAACCUCUUAUGUUCCUUGGCCUCUUUCCCCUCUUCCUGUAUAAUGAAGGGCUGAGACUCAGUACCUCAGAAAAGUUAUUCCGGGUGACGGAGCUCUCACCUUUCCUGUAUUCAGUCAUCACACUGAGUGUCGGCGGUUUACUGGCCUAUGGUUUAGGCUUCUCAGAGUUCCUGCUGGUCUCUCGAACCUCCAGCCUCACGCUAUCCAUAUCAGGGAUCUUUAAGGAGGUGUGUACUCUGCUUUUGGCAGCAGCUGUGAUGGGAGACAAAAUGAGCAUGCUUAAUUGGCUGGGAUUCGCUGUAUGUCUGUGUGGCAUUUCAUUGCAUGUGGGACUCAAGACGUAUUAUUCCAAAAAUAAGGGACCGUCUUUAAGGCAGCUCAACAGUAAGAGCCCAGAGCUUGAGUUGCCAUUACUGCGGCAGAAGGGAGAUGAAAGGGACGAUUCAGCUGCUGAAUACAAUGACGAAGAUGAGGAACAAGAAAUCACUCUACACUAACAUCCCAGGAUACAGGCCACUGAAGUCUAGACUGUCUUCAUACUGCUCAUUCCUUUACAACUGUUCCAACAGACUGACUGGAUGGUGAUGCCAAAGCUUUAGAGCAUCCAAAAACUGUCAUGUUCUGGACACACUGCCACAAAAACAGGGAGCAGCCUCUUCAGCUCUUUUCUUCCACCAAUCAUGUUUUCGGGCCAGGCCAGGGCCUCAUUGGCUCGCUGUAUAUUAACUGUGGACUUGACACAAGUUACAAUCUUUUGCCUUAGGGGAGCUUAAAAAAUGUAGCUAAUACAUCCAAGUGUCAACAAAGUAUGAUGUAUGGGAAGAGAGAGGGUGUUAAAGGGAUACUAUGACACCUUGAAUUGUAGUGGGUCAUUUUUCUUUGCUAGAUACUUGUCACGCAGGAGGAAUAUCCUCUUACUUUUUAAUAUGUACGUAUGUGUAUUUAUAUAAUAGUAAUAUUUUGUCAAAUGGCACGGGUGCCUACAAAAUAAACUGUUGGGAAACUGAAGGAGAAAUGUAGAAACUAUUUAAUGAGGAUACAAGUGUCUGGUUUUGAAAAAAAAUGACUAUAGUUUAAAGUGUCCCGGUAUCCCUGUAAUGUAGAGUGGGAGCAGUGGUAACAUCAUUUCAGAUUAUCUUAUUUCUUUUCCUUUUUAUUAUGUAGCAUUCUGAUGGUUUUUUUGUUGUUUAUGAACUGGAUGGAUUAAUAUUAGAUGUAAUAUAGAGCCCCAGAUUCCUGUGUCUGCAGAUGGCUUUGCUGCUCUUCCUGUGGGCUAAGUUAACAAAGCUAAUAACAGUGUAAUACAGAUAGAUCAAUGAGCUCGGUAGGACAGCAACUAGCAACUAUCAUUAAUCACAUAAUUUUUUGGUUAAAAAAAAAUCUGAAAACAUGAAAAAGGCCGAUCACAGUUUCCUAAACCCUAAGGUUAUGUCUUCAGAUUGCGUUUGAGUUUUGUCCAACCAACGGUCUAAACCCCAAAGAUAUUCAGGGGCCUUCACAGAAAAUAAAGGAAGCAGCAAACGCU